AUGGCUCUCACAACGCCUCCCCGUGGGGUGAGCCCUGGCGACCUUCUUCUCGUUGUUCAUGAUUUCGAUGCGCGUGGCCCUGAUGAACUCACUUUGCGUCGCGGGGAGAAGAUUGAGCUCGUGGAGCUGGAUGAUGGGUUCGGGGACGGUUGGUAUCUAGGGAAGGAUUUGAAUACGGGCUCAACCGGUCUUUUUCCGGGAGUCUACACCACCACUGCUCCUAGAAUUCCCUCUCGGCAACGGGUAGAUGCUCCUGGCACGGCCGCAUUGGGCUCUGAUGCCGGGACCGAUUCGGAAUCGAGCCAGUUGGAAACUACAGACUUCGUCUCAUUUCCCCAGAGCGCCGAUUCCACCCCGCAUGUCUCGCGCCAUACCAGCGCGUCGGACCUGCGGGCGCCAGACUUGCAAGGGGGUCCAGUCGCUCCAGCUCUCUCCCCCAAACAGCAACAACGCUCCAGUUCUUCUCCUUUACCCACGUCCAAGAUGAGUGUCGAUAUCCAACCAUCCAUCCGGCAGACUAUGGACGGCCAUCGCGUCAAUGGGCAAGACAGCCCCGUCAUGAAUGAGACGCUCAGUGUGAUUGACGAGCACAUCACCGAUCUAAGCACGCCGCGGCACAGUGUCGCCGGCCAGGAGCCGAAGAUGAUGAACGAUUCGGCGAGUGAGUACAGUAGCCACUUCGAGCACCGUCUGUCCUACAUCAACGGGCACGAGACCGAUGAGGAAGAAGAGAACCAGCCGCGUGAGGAGCAGGUCCGGCGUUGGACGCCAACCGAAACUGCCCGGCAGCUGCAGCAAUGGGGUAUCGAGGACAAGCACUGUGACAUCUUCGUGGAGCAGGAGAUCUCGGGCGAUGUGCUGCUGGACAUGAACCAAGACUUUCUCUUCAUGAAGGAGUUUGACUUUGGUGUCAUGGGGCGUCGAUUGAAAACUUGGCACAAGAUUCGAACGUUCCAGGAGGAGAUCAAGGGCAUCAGCCCGCCGCCACAGCAUCAUCCUCGUGGCUCAGUGGCUGCUGUCCCCGCUCCGCCAGAGGAGCGAGCCCUCAGUCGUGCGAGUCAUACGGGCCCGCUCCUCCCACGGAUCCCAACGCUGCGAGGAUCGAACGGCGGCACCCAGCACCCGCGCCUGGUCAGCAACAGUCUGCAAAGCAAUGCCAGCUCGCCGAUUACGCCGCAGACGCCAAACUACGUGGCCCAUUCUCGACGGCCAUCGGCUGCCUCCAUCCGAGAGAUCAAUCAUUCCCGGCGUCACUCGUCCAUUGACGCGACCAAUCGGUACUCCGGUGCUCUGGAUGGGUCGCCAGGUACUAACCAGCGGGGGUCGUUCGAUCGUGGCUGGACCCUAGCCAGCGGAGCCCAGCGGCUGCCUCCUCGCCCAGGCACCGCAGCCGGGACGUCCCAUCCUCAGGAGACCGGGUUCUUGCCCCAGCCCAGCCACCGCCCCUCCGAGUCGAACGGGUCCGAUCCAGCCGUCGCGGUGAGCGAUGAUUUGGAUCGGGGCUACUUCUCGGGGCCCGAGGGCGACAUGCGAAAGAACCGGCGCCUGCUGCAGAAGCGUCAGUCCGCAGCGGGCAGCGCCGACUCUCGGCCAUCGAAUUUUGGGGAUGACCAGAUCCGCGUCGGCAAGCGCCAUUCGCGCAUUGGGAGCAUGGAUUCGAUCCGGGAAUCGAUGAAGCAGAUGUCACCGCCCUCGAAAUCGCACACAAGCCCGGUGCCCAAGGGCCGCCUCCGCAGCCUGAGCACUCGCAUGGCUGACCGUCGUGGCCAACAGUCGGCACCCACUUCCGCAGUGGAGGACCGACCCACGGGUUCAUUGGGCUUGUUUGGGCCGCUCUUUGGCAAGUCAGACAGUGACUCGUCGCGCUCAUCCGCUGUGCCCCAGCUCAAGAGUGCGGGGCCCAAAUUUCGACGCGCCAUGGGGAUCCGUGCCAUGUCUGACGUGGUUGCAAAAGGCAUUGACACUUCGACCCCACCACCGGCGUCCCCCGUCCGGGACAAUGACCCGUCGGCACGGACCGGGUCGACCACUCCCUCGACGACUAAGAGCUCUGAGCGACUCAGCACGGACGGAUCAAACAAGACGGCCGAGGGCGGGCUGUGGCCUCGAUCCCGGCCGUCCGUCAAGGCGGGGGUCAAGUCGAAGAAAGACACCAGCGCCUACACUCGCGGGCUGGAGAAGAAGUCGCCGCAGGAGCAGAUGGUUGGCUGUGAAUACUUUGGGUGGAUGAAGAAGCGGUCGUCGAAUCUGAUGACGACGUGGAAGCCGCGUCUCUUUGUCUUACGGGGACGUCGCCUGUCGUACUACUAUUCGGAGAAGGACACGGAGGAGCGAGGCCUGAUUGACAUCACCGCUCAUCGGGUGCUGCGUGCGGACAACGAUCCUAUCGUGGCCCUCCAUGCCACCAUCACGGGCUCCACCGCGUCGCCCACUCCGGCCGCCCCGGUGAGCCAUUCUGACGGGGUGUCAUCCGACAAGGCCGGUGUCGAGUCCCAGCGGGGAAGCAAGGGCAGCGGGGACGGGCCAUUUUUCUUCAAGCUGGUGCCGCCCAAGUCGGGGACGUCGCGGACGGUACAAUUCACCAAGCCGGCGAUCCACUACUUCCAGGUGGACAGCGUGCAGGAGGGACGGCUGUGGAUGGCGGCGUUGAUGAAGGCGACGAUUGAGCGGGACAUGGCGCUGCCGGUGGAGACGACGAACAAGCAACGCACGAUCAGCCUCAAGGAGGCGCGGUUGAUGAACCAGCGCCCUCCGGCAUUGAUGACCGGUCCUGAGGGUUCCCCGAAGGCGGCGGAGGCGGAGGUGCGGGCCGGAGUGGGCGAUCUGGAGAAGGAUAGCAACGGACUGAUGAUCCAAGGGGUGCCUCUGGAUUCGGAGACAGACCCGGAGCCAGUUUAUGUGGAUGCAGAGGAGAAUCGGUCGUCGAGUCCGUUGCAGAUGGAGGAGGGGUCGCUGUUGGCACGGAACUCGCGGUGA